AUGGCGGAGAUCCGGUCCAAGAACGUUUACGAGCUUCUUGGCAAUGACCCUGAACUCGACCCCAACAGAGCCCCCGAGCCUCCCACCAAGGCUCUAGACAAGCCUGCACCGCGCGUGGGCAAGCGUGACGCUCCCAAGGAGGCCCCCUCGCAACCUCGUGAGAACACCGGCCGUCGUGGUCAGCGCUUCCAGGGCAACGAAGCCGCUUACCGUGACCGUAACGCUGGCCGCCGCAACAAUGUCGACCGUCCCGUUGACGAGGCCAACAACCCUGACAGACGUGGAUUUAACGCCCGUGAUAACCGUGGUGGACGUUCCCGCAACGACCGUCAGAACCGCAGCGGUGUGACCGACUCCCGCAAGCAGAUCAACCAGGGCUGGGGUGGCCAGAGCGGCGACAAGGAAUUCGACGAUGAGAAGGCCGGCCAGAAGAUCGCCCAGACCGACGAGAACGAGCCCCAGACUCCCGCCGCCGAGGAGCCCGAGGAGCCCGCCGACAAGGCCAAGUCUUUCGCCGACUACCUGGCCGAGAAGGCUGCCGCUGGUGAUCUGAGCGCCAAGCCUAUCCGCGCCGCCAACGAGGGCACCAAGCCCGACGGCAAGUGGGCUCAGGCCAAGGAGUUCAAGCGUGGCGAAGACGAGGAGGAGUACAUCAAGGGCAAGGAGGACAAGAGCAGCAAGGGCCCCAAGCAGCGCAAGGAGAAGAACUACCUCGACGUCGACCUGCGCUUUGUCGAGCCCCCCCGCAGCUCUGGCGAGCGUGGCGGUCCCCGUGGCCGUGGUGGCCGUGGCGGCCGUGGCAGCGGUCGUGGCGGCCGUGGUAACGGUCCUCGCGCCGGCGGCGAGCGUGGCGGUGCUGCCCCCGUCACCGUUGACGAGAAGAACUUCCCCAGCCUUGGCUCUUAA